AUGACCAGCGGUCAGGGCGGGGGCGGUUCAGCUACACCGGAAGAGUCUUCGGUUGUCGGAACGCUGCAAACCGCAUCGAACGAUGCGGUUCAGAGAACGCUGGAUCGAGCAACAAAGCGAACUCGUAGGACGGACGCCGCAAACGCCGCUGCAGCACCGCAAGCACCCACUCGCAUAGUGCGGGAAGCUCGUCGUGCAGCACUGGAAGCUCUGAAGCGAUUGAACGUGGCGGAUGUUGAGGUCGCUGAAGAAAGCCCAGACACGAAGCCUCCGCGUCGCACUGUUCCAACCACAGCCCUGCAGGAGAAUCCGCGCGCACUCUCGCCCGCAGCGGACCUCGAGAAGGAUAUAGAGUGGGAGUCUGCUUGGACAGAGGGUGCGGCAGAGCAGCCAUCUCCUGUGCAAACAAAAGACCAGCUAGAAGUUGUUCUCGAGCUCGACGAAGAGGGUACAGAUAGCGCGAGCGGGGUGUCCCGUUCGCAAGCUGACUCCACUGGCUCAGACGCUGAUCAUAGGGCUGCGAAGCGCCGGCGAGGAUCACUUGCAACCAAGCGAAAAAUGACCAAGACAUUUUCCGCUGCAGAGCGUGCCAAUGCUUUACGCAUACAUCGCAUACAUCUUCUAUGUAUGCUGGCGUCGUCGCUCACUUUCGAUCGACUUUCCAGUGCGGCAACUAUCCAGGCCCGCGCACUCUCCCUAGUUCCAUGCGAGGUAAUCGAGCGUUUUGACCGAAUCCCUGAAGAUGCCCUUAGGGAGACUUCGUCUAGUCUUGCAGAGGCUUUGACGUAUUUUGUGGUCUGGUUUGCGUCGAACUACCGGCAGUCAUCGUUCCCCUGUGAGGUAUGCUGCCCCGACGAAUCAGGAUAUUCAGUGCCAGUUCCACGCACACCACAUACCCGUCUAGAGCACGCUAUGCUGCAUGGCUUGGGUGGUGAACAAGAGCUGGUUGCUCUUGCAUGCGCCAUGCUACGAGCGUUGCUCGGUCGUUUGAACUUUCAGUCGCAAGCGCGGCCUGAGGGCAAGCGCGUGCAGUCCGCCCCAGUUCCCGAUGGCAGCACUGUGCUGCUGAAGAGAUACGGACUCGUGCGAUUCGUUGCAGGCCCAAAUAUAAUUGGCCGCAAACCCGAGCACUUGGAACUUGUCGAUCAGGGAUCUGGUUUACCGACUUGGCAAGCACGACUUUCGGCCAUCCUGGAGCAUUGGUUUCCUCCAGCUCCAGCCGAUGUGCCUCCAUCGAAAAAGCAAUGUCCAUUGGAACCACCACUCAAUCGGAAACGACCCGGUAAGCCACUGCGGAACUCUCGAUCGUCGCACGGUCUACAGCAGAAGCAUGCGAUGCAGGCACAUGGAGUCGAAGCGCAGCCGCCCGCGGUACACUCGAAGGCGUCGACUUUGGAUGCAGACACUGGAGAAGCCUCGUUGCCGCGACGCGCCCUUGAAUCGCCGCAAGUGCGGCAACGUGACGUUCAUCAUCAGCAGCAGCAAGCUGGACGCGGCCUCUCGACAAGCAAAACCCAAAGAACGCGCCAGAACUGGCUUACGCGCGACAGCAAACGUACCGCAAGUGCGCUCGAGUCCGCUGAGCGCUACUCCAAUCCAAGAGGCAAUACGCGUUCGACAUACUUAUGGGCGUAUCAGAUUCAAUCGGCUUUUCUCGCGCCGUGGAGAGUGGGCGUGAACAUAUCUCCGCAGGUUGCCCAUCGUCGCACAGCCGAGUCGAGCGAUCGGAGCUCGCAGGCCAGAAAGACGGGUAGAUUAUGGUCCUUGUCUGUUCCUGGUCGAUGGAAUCUCACGAACGCGGAUCCUUACCGAGUGCCGCAAUACUGGCUGGAGGUAUGGGAUCCGACUCAACAGCACUGGAUCCAUCUCGAUCCGAUGCGAUGCUUGGUCGACGACCCGCUAGCCGUCACGGUGCUGCCUUGGUGGACCCGUACGACGCGGCCUCUGCCCCGGUCCGCGGCAACUGGCCAGCGGGAUCGGCACCUGAAUCCGUCUAAGACAAGAUCCCUGAAAGGAGACGUUUCCAACGAACCACGGGAAGAAGACGACGGUGACGGUAAUCGUAUCCAACGACCGAAGCGACGCUCAUCAAGGCUGCGUCCCGAUGCAACAUACAAUGAGAUGGAUGGGCGCAGUGGAGAUCGCUCACAGAGCGAGAGCGACACGGCGUCGAGCGAGCUCGAGACUCCCGAGCUCCCCACGAAUCGAUGGAAACGGGAGCGUGCCGAACGAGUUGUCCCGUAUAUCUUCGCGCUGGAGCAUGGAUUUGGACGUGACGUCACCCGCCGCUACACAACCCGGUUCCAACCUGUACUCGAGGCUCGCAGUCUUGACGGUCAUCGCUACUGGACCGAGGAGGUGCUCCCAAUGCUGAGCCCCUUUCAGCCACGCACACACCUGAUUGAAACAGAGCACGACGCUAUCGACGACGACGCGUUCAGGGAACGCAGCACGCUCUGGAAUGCACUGGACAAUUUGGAGCAAAAUGAAUUUUGGGGAUUACAUGAAGCGGAACCCAUUCCUCGAUCCAUUUCUGCGCUGAAAAAUCACCCCGCUUUUGUGCUUGAGGAACAUUUGAAAAAGUAUGAGGCGAUUCAUCCGAAGCUUGCCAUCGGAAACAUCCAACGCAUCCAGCCAAACGGACGGAUUCAAACUAUACCUGUCUACCGUCGACGAGAUGUUCACCUGUUGCAUACCCGGGAGCGCUGGUUUCGUGAAUGCCGAAUCGUUCGGGAGAGCGAGCUGCCCUACAAAAUCGUGCAAUCGUUCAUGUCCCGUUUUCGACAACGUCGUGAAGAACGACGUAGAGAACGGCGCCAGCAAGCACCUGAAGAGCUCGAGGAUUCGUCGACUGCCACCGCAGGUCCGACGGAACUAUUCGGUAUUUGGCAGACGGACCCCAUGCCGCGACCUCGAGCUGAAAAUGGUAUUGUCCCUCGAUGUGGCCUGCGGGGCAAUAUCGAGCUCUGGACGCCGAAUCACCUGCCUCUGGGAACAACGCAUGUCGACUUGCCUUUCGCUGCCAUGUUUGCGCGCCGUCUCGGCUUUGACUUCGUACCAGCGAUGGUCGGUUUUGAGGUACGAGCAUGCGGCUUCGUUCCAGCUAUUCGCGGUGUCGUCGUCUGCACCGAAAACGCUGCAGCGCUUACGGAUGCAUGUGAAGCAGAGAUCAAGCGGCGACGAGAACGAGCCGAAAAAAGGAUGCGAGAGGACGCGCUGCGACGCUGGCGACAACUCAUUCGGACUAUUGUAGCGAAAGAGCGUUUGAGGAAACGAUAUGGCGGAUUUCAGGUCCAGGACACGAAUGCAACGUUCUCCAGUCGCAAAGCGGGCAAGCAGACGUCUUCAUCGUCUGCCGCGGAACCCGCGAAACGAGAACGCGUGCCUGCCGCAACCGCUGCAGGAGCAGACGACGACGCUGAUCAGCGUGCCGCCCAUGAACACGAGUGGGUCUUUGUGGGCGCUUCGAAUUCCCAGGAUGCUCUCGGGCGCAAGCAGUGUGCACUCUGUGGUCUCUGCGUCACCUACGAGUCUCUGUUGUGA